UAUAUUUCUCAUGUCAACACCAAACAACAAAAUCAUGCCCAUCUCUCUUUCCCCCUCUAGAGCCUAUAUAUACACCCAUAUACACUUGCUUAUAUCUUUAUCGUCUUUCUUUAUAUAUAUAUAUACACGACCAAACUCAGAGCAUUCACCAAUUCUCUCUGUCUCUCUAGUGCACAUAGUGAUGGGAGCGAGCGAACGGCGUCGUUUCGAGCCGAUAACUAAAUGCAACGCGGAGGAUCGGUCGGACCAGACGGUGGCGGCUGAUCUCGACGGGACCCUACUGAUCUCCAGGAGUGCCUUCCCUUACUAUUUCCUCGUAGCCCUCGAAGCCGGGAGCUUACCACGCGCGUGUAUCCUACUCGCGUCCGUACCGUUCGUGUACUUCACAUACGUCUUCCUGUCGGAAUCCUUCGCCAUCGACGUCUUCGUCUUCGUCACCUUCGCUGGCCUCAGGAUCCGCGACGUCGAGCUUGUGACUCCGGCCGUACUUCCAAGGUUCUACGCCGGGGACGUACGGCCUGACACGUGGCACGUUUUCAACGCCUUCGGGAAAAGAUACGUAGUCACGGCGAUCACGGCGAGUCCACGUGUCAUGGUCGAGCCCUUUGCGAAGACGUUCCUCGGGGUCGAUAAGGUACUCGGGACCGAGCUCCAGGUCACCAAAUCGGGUUGGCUAACCGGGUUCGCGACCCGACCCGGGGUCCUCGUGGGUCAACGCAAACGCGACGCAGUUCUGAACGAGUUCGGUGGUGCGUUUCCCGAUUUGGGUCUCGGCGACAGCGAGACAGACCACGAUUUCAUGGCCCUCUGCAAGGAGGGAUACAUGGUACCACGUACAAAAUGCGAGCCAUUACCAAGAAACAAGCUAUUGAGCACAAUAAUAUUCCACGAGGGAAGAUUGGUGCAGAGACCAACGCCGUUAACGGCUCUGUUAACUCUCCUUUGGCUCCCCAUAGGUUUCCUCCUCUCCUUGGUCCGCAUCUACUCUACCAUUCCGUUACCGGAACGUUUGGCACGUCUCCUCUACAAGCUCCUCAGCAUAAGCAUGGUCGUAAAGGGUCAUCCUCCUCCUCCGGCGAUGCCACGUCAGCCCGGCGUUCUGUUCGUGUGCAACCACCGCACCGUGGUGGACCCAGUCAUCCUCGGAACGGCCCUCGGCCGCAAGGUGAGUUGCGUCACCUAUAGCAUCAGCAAGUUCUCAGAGCUCAUCUCCCCCAUCAAGGCUGUUGCUUUGUCCCGGGAACGCGAUAAGGACGCCGAGAACAUUAAGAGGUUGCUUGCGGAGGGCGAUUUGGUUAUUUGUCCAGAAGGGACGACGUGCCGGGAACCGUUCCUCCUCCGGUUUAGCGCAUUGUUCGCCGAGCUGACGGACCGGAUCGUACCGGUAGCAAUCAACACGAAGCAGACAAUGUUCCACGGGACGACGGUGCGUGGCUACAAGCUAUUCGACCCUUACUUCUUGUUCAUGAACCCAAAUCCGACCUUCGAGAUCACUUUCCUCGAUCAACUUCCGGUCGAGCUGACGUGUAAAGGCGGAAUAUCGGCCAUCAAAGUCGCGAAUUACAUACAGAAGGUUUUGGCCGGAACCCUAGAUUUUGAGUGUACCAACUUCACGCGUAAGGACAAGUACGCUAUGCUUGCCGGUACGGACGGUCGGGUCCCGGCAAAGAAGGACAAGGCGUGAUCUCUGGUUAUUAGAGACAUUGAUUACUGUUAAAGUGGGUGAAAACCAAGUUGGUUGGACGUUUUUUUAAGCUUCGAUAAAAAAAAAAAAAAAAUCGGUUGCAUAUUUGAGAUUGGUCUUGUUUACGCUAAGUGUUUGUAUUAUUGUUGUGUGGAAAAUUAUGUAAAAGACGAUAAAUAACUAUGGACAUAUAAUAUGCAAUAAAUCCAAUUCACGUGA